CUAGCUAAAAGGGAUAUUUGAGGUGUGUUUUCUUCCCCUCGGGAAGGGGGAGGGAGUGGGAGACCCAUGCAUGCACACAAGCAGGCACAUAGUAAUAGUUGGUGUUUAAAAUUGGAGGUGCGUCACUCCUCAGGACUUCUCAUCUUACUUUUGUUUUAACAUCGAAAAACAGAUUUGUUUUGGGCAAGAUGCAUUUGACCUUAAAAUGCAUUUUGCUUUUCUUCUUAUGUGCUCAUGAGGGAUUAUCUCGGGAUGAUACGGUUCAAAAUCUUCCAAAGAGAGGCAAACGCCAAAGUAAAGCAACGAGACCAGUGCUGAAGGUGACCGACUAUCAUUUGAAGUGUUCGGUGACGUCCCGCUACGUGGUCACAACGGUGCAGAGUUCCAUCUGGAACCAGAUGGGCGUCACCAAGGAGGCCGCCUUCGAGGUCGACCUGCCUUCCUCGGCAUUCAUCUCCAACUUCUCCAUCAUUUCCAACGGCAAGGUGUAUACAGCCCAGGUGAAGGAACGAGCCAUGGCCAGGAAAAUGUACGACGCCGCAAAGAAGCAAGGAAAAGCAGCAGGACUUCUCGCUACCAAAGAGAGGGAGAUUGAAAAGUUUCGCGUUGCCGUGAGCGUGCCACCGGGAGCUCGCAUGUCCUUCUGCCUCACUUACGAGGACCUGCUACGUCGCCGCCUCGGCCGCUACGAACUCAGCGUGGGUCUCAGACCCGGCCAGCCCGUGGAGAACCUCACGUUAGAAGUCACUCUCGCGGAGCCGACGGGCAUCACUUUCAUCAAGGUUCUUCCGCUACGGACCAGCAGACUCCUGUCCGGCGACAACGCUCGAGGUGAUGCAGAAGCUCCCGCAUCAACUCAUCUCGAGGAGAGCGUCGGCUGCGCUCGGGUUGCUUACAGUCCCACUUUUCAGCAGCAGAUGGACAUUUCCCCCAAAGGUCUGAACGCGGACUUUGUCAUCCAGUACGACGUGAACGUGACCGACCUGAUGGGCGACAUUCAGGUGUUUGACGGCUACUUUGUGCAUUACUUUGCACCCAGAGGACUCCCCGUGGUUCCCAAAGAUGUCAUAUUUGUCAUCGACGUCAGCGGAUCCAUGAUCGGCACCAAAAUCAAACAGACCAAGCAGGCAAUGAGCACCAUCCUCGGGGACCUGAGGGAAGGAGACCACUUUAACAUCGUGACUUUCUCAGACAAGGUUCACAUUUGGAGGAAAGGACGCACGGUGCGAGCCAAUCGGCAAAACGUUCGAGACGCCAAAGAGUUCGUUAAGAGGAUUAUUGCUGAAGGAUGGACCAACAUCAACGCGGCUCUGCUGUCAGCCGCCCAGCUCAUCAACUCGCCGUCCUCAGGCUCCCUCCGCGUCCCUCUGUUGGUCUUCCUGACCGACGGCGAGGCCACUGCGGGAGUGACUGCAGGCAGUGCCAUCCUGAGCAACGCCAAAAAGGCGCUGGGCUCGGCCUCGCUCUUCGGCCUGGCCUUCGGGGACGACGCCGACUUCCCCCUCCUCCGACGUCUGGCCCUGGACAACCGCGGCGUGGCCAGGAUGGUUUACGAGGAGGCCGACGCCGCCUUGCAACUCAAAGGCUUCUACGACGAAGUGGCCAGCCCCUUGCUGGCCGACGUACAGCUACGCUACCUGGACCACCAGGCGUUCGAAAUCACCCGCUCUCUCUUCCCGAAUUACUUCCAAGGAUCCGAGCUGGUGGUGGCCGGCAGGCUGCGAGCGGGGUUGAAGGACUUCAAAGUGUCCCUUUCUGCCAGCGAUUCCAAGCAACGAGUCAAACUAGAGAACAACAUCCCAGUCAACGGCACUCGGACCUCGCCGGACUGCUCGGGGCCUUCUGAAUGCUUGUCUGGCUUUGUACGUCGUCUUUGGGCGUUUUUCACCAUUAAGGAGCUGCUCCUGGCCAAACUCAACACCACGGAUGCCGUUACCCAAAAGCUCCUGGAAGACAAGGCCACCAACCUCUCCUUGGAGUACAACUUUGUCACUCCGGUCACUUCCCUGGUAGUAGUGAAGCCCGAUGCGGAAAAAGUCACUCCAAAGCCUACCGCAACGGUGACGAGUGCAACUACGGUCAGGAUGCCGGUUAGAAAGACGCCCCAGUCUCUCUCAAACCCAAGAACAAACAAGCCCAAUCCUCCUAAACGACUUCAAAAACCUUCAGUACUUACUCCUACUAUGAAAACCAGUAAAACAACCCCCAGCCUGGCCGUCACUCAUCCGAGCCCAGUGCUGUUCUCUGGCAAAAAGCUUUCACAGAACGAUACCAGGAGUGUUUCUUUGUCUCCUGCUGGAAAACGCCACAACUCUUCUCUCCAUUUUCCUAAGACAGCCCAGUUUACCACACCAGGAAAAGUCCACAUGUCCACUUCACCCACUUUGAUGCCAAAAGUAGCUGUCAGCAGAGUGCCACCCCUCGUCCAACCCACUGCCAGGCACACAGAACCGCAGGCCGGCACCACCACGUUUCCUCGCCCAAAUGUCACAGGCAUGCCACCGCUCACCGCGCUAACUCCGGACAGCCGUGUCUAUGUCGCCACACUGGUGGCUGCCACCUUUGCGCCCAUGCCCGGUGCUACGGACGCACCAAAGCUGUGGGAGGCGGCAGGACUUCUAGAUGUUUCUACCUCCAUUCAAAUCCAGAGAAAAGACGAUGACGAGACGUAUGACUACGACUACCAUGAUGCAUGGGGAAACAAUGCAGACAUGGAAUCUUUUGAACCUUCAUCCAGGCUGAGCGCCGAGCACUUCUCCUCAUCAGCGGAUGGGGACCCUCAUUUUGUUCUCCAAUUGCCAAAGCAACAACAGAACUUAUGUUUUACCGUGAAUGGACGAGCGAACGACGUGCUAAGGCUGGUGGACGACCCACAAAAAGGAGUAAUCGUGGACGGCCACCUGACCGGCGCUCCCUCCAAGCGCGGCCACGAAAACAGCUCCCGGACAUACUUUGACCACCUAAGUGUCUCGGCGGGAGAUGUCAAGAUCACGCUCUCUUUGGAUGAAGUGAUAGUCCGAGGAGAAGGACGGGACCGUCUGGACGUCAACCGAACGGCGUCUGUGACGAGGCGGGGCGUGACGGUCGCCGUGGACGACCGGCGGGGAUGCCGGAUCGAGCUGGCCGAGGACGUGCACUUCCUGGUUCUCUUCCACCGCUACAAGCACCCGAGCUACCUGCAGAUGGCGCACCUGGGGUUCUACAUCACGCGUGGACGAGGGCUGUCGGCCUCCACCCGGGGCCUACUGGGGCAGUUUCAGCACGCUGCUAUGAGCGUAGCGCCUUUGAAGGACCAUCAUGAAGAUCACGCUGAUGGAACGCCGGUCCGGGGGAUCCUGAGGCGUGGCUCCAAGCUGAUACCGGUCACCUUGCAGGACAAGUUGCUGAAAGACAGUGUACUGAGGCGACACACAGAGAAGUGCUGGGCGGUGCCAAAGUCGGAGAUAGAGCGACUACUCGCUCAUCCGUACAGCAGCUACGUGGUGGAUCGCGCGUAACCCAAGUCGACAGCUCCGCACUGUAGGGACACCGUCGCCAUGUCGUGGUUUCACCGAAGCUGAGCACGACACAAAGCUACGCUGUUGUCACUUUUUUACAGGAGAUGACAGACUUUGUGUACCAAUUAAACACCAAAGUGCCUCAACGAUCACUCAUAGACUUCAUAAUGAUAUUGACGGGGCGCUGGCCAAUUAAUAGGGGGCUUGCAUUGUUGGCGUGGCCGUCAAAGCUGACUGAGUGGAAUCACAGACAAAGAGGUUUUUUAGUUGAAAAUUCUUGUGAAUAAAUCCUUAAAUCCCGAAGUCUAUAGAUAUGGACGUAAAAGCAGUCUCGAUUCUUGGUUGAAAGCAAAGAAACGUGCAGUCAGCAUUUAUUUUACGUAAAAAUGUCAAAGUACGAUGGUAGUCAGUUGAUGUGGCGGUCGCCAUAUGUAAACAGAGCUUUCCCGGUGAAAAUUCUUGUGAAUCAAUGCUUGAAUCCGUGAAUUCUAUAUACAUAUAUAUAUGGACAUAAAACAGUCUCGAUUCUUGGUGAAAAGCAAAAAAUAAACGUGCAGUUACGAAAUACGUCGAAGUACGAUGCUAGUCUGUUAGUCAAUGUGGCGGCCGCCAUAUGUAAACAGAGCUUUUCCGCUGAAAAUUCUUGUGAAUAAAUGCUUAAAUCCCUGAACUCUUUAUAGAUAUGGACGUAAAACAGUCUCGAUUAUUGGUUAAAAGCAAAAAAAAACGUGAAGUUAGCAUUUAUUUUACGUAAAUAUUGCAAACUAUGAGACGAGUCAUUAAGGAGAUUAGCAGCCGCCAUAUGUAAACAAAGUUUUUCUGUUGAAAAUUCUUGUGAAGAAAUGCUUAAA